UACCAUUUAAAUAUUUCUAUUCCAUAAAUAUGAGGAAUCAUUUGAAAAAUCUCACGCAGAAGUACUCUUCCAUUUCCCGGCUAUACAGUAUUGGAAAAAGCGUUUCAAACCAAGAUUUGUUAGUUGUUGAGAUUUCAGACAAUCCAGGAGUCCAUGAGGAAUUGGAACCUGAAUUUAAAUAUGUUGGCAACAUUCAUGGUGAUGAAACCAUAGGACGACAAGUGCUGUUACAUCUAGUUGAAUAUCUUUUAACUUCUUAUGGCAAGAACAAGACGAUCACAAAUCUUAUUGAUACAACUCGUAUACAUAUCCUUUGUUCAAUGAACCCAGAUGGCUUUGACGCAGCAUUGAAAUAUGGAGGGAUAGGUCGGACUAAUCUUAACAACAUUGAUCUGAAUCAGAAUUUUCGCGAUCCCUUUAAACCGCGAAUCAUACCGGUUCAAAACGAAACCAGAGCCGUUAUGAAUUGGUUGGAACAGUAUCCAUUUGUUUUGUCAGCAAAUUUACAUGGCGGAGCGAUUGUGGCUAAUUAUCCCUAUGAUAACCCGCCUGUGUCCCAUACACAAAACGGAAAACCCGUGUUUUCUUUGGCACCCGAUGACGAUGUAUUUAGACAUGUGUCACUGGUCUACGCAAAUUCCCAUAGCACAAUGCAUUCUGGGAGAGCGUGCAUGAACGAUUAUUUUCCACAGGGAAUAACAAACGGUGCCGAAUGGUAUAUCAUUAUUGGGGGUAUGCAAGAUUACAACUAUAGGUAUACAAACUGCUUUGAAAUUACUUUGGCAUUAAGCUGUUUUAAGUUUCCUAAUGAACAUGCGCUACAAUCGUAUUGGAAUCAAAACAAAGAUGCUCUUAUUAACUACAUGCAGCAAGUUCAUAUUGGAAUCAAAGGAAGUGCAUGUACCUCAUUUUAUCACUCUUGUAUCCUCGCUUUAUAUCCUCACCUUGCUAUCGAGAGCAAAAUAAGAUAUAAUGAACCGACGACAACGAGAGGGUUAGGGGCAGUGCCUCCUGGCCCUCCCCCGACACGCUUUUUUCCUAAUAAUCUGGCCUGUCUUUAUUGUAGUUUAAAUUUACAAUUUCAUUCCUUAGGCGUGAUCAAAGAUGAGGCGAACAAUGCAGGAAUUCCAAAUGCAGUGGUCAAAAUAGCCGGACGAGAGAAGCACAUUAAAGCGUGGUCAACAGGCGAAUAUUGGAGGUUGUUACUACCAGGAACUUACGAAGUGACAGUGAGGGCGCCAGGAUACUUUAUUGAGACUAAAAACGUUACAGUGCAUCGUGGACUGAACACUCAGAUACUGAAUUUCUCCUUAGAAAAGUGUUCGUAAAUCUAGAACUGUUACAACUUCGAGACGCUUAGCUUAAAAUUUUACAUAUUUUUUAAUAUUUUUUUUAUUUGUGUUUAUUUAUUUGAAUGUAUUUCCUAAAAAUUUCGAAAUAGAUUAAAUGUUUAUUACAUUUUUUUGCAUUGGAAAGCAAGGUCAUGAAGUCUUCCAGACGAGGUUUGUGUUUAAUACAUCACCAUGUAUAGUUGAAACACAAAAGUUGCCACAUUGUCAAGAAGCAUGAUAUCAAAAUGUUUAGAUUGACAUUUUAAAAGUGAAUCUUUUUCAUAAGUCAAGGGUCUUUUAGGAUAAUUUAUUGUUAAAGUUGUUAACCGUUUUGGUUACGCAGGAAAUAC